AUGAGAGUUCAAUUGGCCGGUGUCUCGGUCGCUUCGGAUUCACAGCUUGUGACAGUUCCUCAAUACAGCAAGACUGUGGAGAUCAUCGGUGAUUCCUUCGCAUCGGGACAAUAUGGCACUUACGAAGGACUUUCCUCAUGGGCAUACAACUACGCCGCUGGGUUAGGCGACGUCGAAUACUCGAUCACCGCAUAUCCCGGUAUCUGCUUGACGGACGAACAAUGCUACGCGGACAAGGCGCGCGGGAUGACACACCAAUGGUUCUACGCCUCCGAUGCAGGUGUGCGUGCGAGCGCCACUUACGGAAACCAGCCCGAGAAGUGGGAUUUCAGUGCCCACCGCGCAGCAGACCUAGUCAUCAUUGACCUGGGUACAAACGACCACCGAGCCGUAAACGACAUCCCCGGUUCGACCUUCUACGACAGCUACGUCGAGCUCGUGACCAGCGUACACGAAACAUGGCCAAACGCACAGAUCGUUAUCAUGUCCCUCUGGGGCAAUUUCACCCGCUCAGGGGACACCUACGUACAAUCCCCCUUCUACGUCUCCGAGAUCCAGCGCGUGGCCGAGCAUUUCCAAGAGGACGGAUUCGUCUAUUACUUCGACACCAAGGGCGUGCUACAGCACAACGACAUCGACCCGCAAGAGCACCCGACCGACGUCGGCCACAUCAAAGUGGCCAGCCACCUGAUGCAAUGGACGAAGCUGAAAUUGGGAUGGGAGUUUGGAGCCACAGGUCCGGAAGUCCAGCAUGACACGCUGUACUGGAACAACGAGGAUAGUUAUCGGCGAUCGUUCGAUGGCAGUUACUAA